AUGGCGGAUGCCGUGGAUGACCAGGAUGACGGCGAUGAGAAUGUAUCUGACGAUGAUGCGCCGCCCCCGCCUCCUCGAUCACCAGAACGUGCAGUUCAGGUGAAAACUUAUACCGCUCUCAGCACAGAUUCCGAUGACUCGGGCUCUGACAAAGAGAAAGCAAAAGAUCCGGACAGGGGGGUGCGCAAGCUCCUCCUCGACCUGAGUAGCAGGAUCAUGACGGACAUCAACAUGGAAACAAGCGAGGCCGUCGACAACGACGUAAACAGCAAAGCCUGCCUCGGAACGACGGAAGACAGGAACUUCCUUGCGAGCAUGGUGCAUCGCUUUGCGCGUGAUGACCUCAAGAGCGACGGUGAUGGUGUCGAAGCAGCUAUACGGAUGUGCGUCCACACGGCAGCCGUCUCAGCUUUGGGCUGUUGCGUGUGA